AUCAUACGAUGCAGUCCGAUGAAGGUGCCACGUCCAUGGAACUUGAGAAAGUUCUAUCUGAAUCAAAUCGUGUAUCUUUUGCUUCAAAACCAAACUUUGCACCUUUGAAGGCUCACGAGAUAUCCGAUGGUCAAGUUCAGUUCAGGAAAGUCUCUAUACCACCGCAUCGAUAUACGCCUUCCAAGAAAAGCGUGGAUGGAAAUUUACACUCCUAUAUACGAGCAGAUGAAAAUCGACAUUCGUAUGAAUCUCAAGGCUCGCAAGGUUGA